AUGCUCCCGCACGCAUCACGGUGGCUCCUGGCCUGGUGUUUGGCCGCAUCGCUUUGCUUCCGAUGUGCAGACGGAUGGGUCCUGGUCGAGCCGAUACUCCUAGGUGUUGGUGCGGAUGCCCCGACGGAGGUUUACUCGGCACUAGCCAACUACUACUCAACCUACGAUCCAUACUUCAACUAUGCCUACACUGGAAUCGGCUCCGGAGCGGGUCGUGCGGCCCUCGUCGCCGGAUCGACCAACUUGACCUGGGCAGCGUCCGAUAGCGUGCCCUCCAAUGUCACAUUUGUCGGACCUGGGAACAUUGUCGGGCACUCCGUGGCCGUCAUCUAUCACUUGAAUGUCACCAAUCUUACGCUCACGCGGCAAAAUGUCGCCGAUAUCUUCACCGGGAAGGUUGUCUACUGGAACGACACUCGGCUGGUUCAGCACAACCCUGCACUGACCUCCAUCAACGCGCGUAUCCAGGUCAUCGCCAUUAGCGGUUCCUCUGGAAUUGCCUCCAAUUUUCUAUAUGCUCUCAACAGCAUCGACCCAACUCUGAACUUGGGCAACUCCCUGUCGUACCCGCUUUCGACAUGGGGCCCGGCCACUGCAGCAUUCUACGGCUCCAGCAACACAAUGGUCUCGGACGGCAUCCAGGUCACUCCGUACUCGAUCGGCUUUGUCGACUACCCGUCGGCCUCGACAACCCUGGCCUCUCUCGCCUCAGGGCUGAACCUGUAUGCCAUCGCAAACAUCAUCAACCGCAACGGCGAUGUCGUUGCCCCAUCCAUAUACACGAUGUCGAAUGCCCUUUCCACAGCAAGCACCACAAACGUUUCGGCUCUGCGACACUUCUCGGGCGACAUCGACACAUUCAUUCGCUCGACCUACAUCGACACCACCACGCCAAAUGCAUAUCCGUUCAUGGAACCGUCUUUUAUUCUCCUUCGGCAAGACUCCCAGCCCUACAGCAUCGCCGAAGCUCAAAUGCGUGCCACACUUCGUUUCCUCUUCUGGAUGCUCUUUGACGGGACAGAGACGGUGGCAUCGCCUUCAACCGGCUCCUUCUAUCUUCAAAACAAGUACAUGCAUCUCCAGGAUCCCGAUUUUCGACGCUUUGCGUAUGAUGCACUCAAACUGGUCACCCAAAACGGAAAGUUGCUCUUUGAUGCAUCUUCUCCAUGCAAUCCGUACUUUGACGCCAAUGGGACCUAUAUAACGGCCAACUCCUGCAAGCACGGGUACUGCAUCGUCGAUGGUCCGUUUCAAGACUCCUCAGUGACUCGGUGCAUCUGCGAUGCUUGAUUCAUGAACAACAUGCAACUGGAUUGCUCUGAGCCAUCCGCGCCAUUCAUGAUCCUCUUUUACGGCGUCGAGUCCUACAACACUGCCAUUAUGGCGUUCCUGAGCAUCACUGGGCUCAUCAACGCCGCCAUCCUGGCCAUGCUGUUCGUAUUUCGAGAAAAGCCAAACAUCAAAGCUAUUUCGCCGAAUUGCUGCUACAUAAUCGUUGUCGGG